CCAAAGGCCAGUAUCUAUCAGUCAACAUGUCCUUCUCUGUGGGAGUGAUGUCGGCCAUGUAUCUGGUCAAGGGGAUCUCAGGUGCCCAUCUGAACCCCGCAGUGACUCUAAGUUUCUGUGUUGUGAGGAGGGUAAAGUGGGGAAGGCUGGUACCGUACUGCCUCUCCCAGGUGCUCGGAGCAUAUGUGGCAUCAGCGCUGGCCUAUGCAGUCUACUACGAUGCUAUAAUGGAGUUUAGUGGAGGAGUCUUGACCGUUUAUGGCCCAAAUGAAACAGCAUCUAUAUUUGCCACAUAUCCAGCUGAGUACCUUACAUUAGGCAGGAGUUUCCUUGAUCAAGUAGUGGGUACUGGCAUAUUGAUGUUAUGCAUCCUAGGUUUGGAAGAAAAGAGGAAUACCCCUGCACCCUCAGAUCUGGUUCCUCCUAUAGUUGCAACAAUUGUGCUCGGGAUCGGGAUAUCCAUGUCAGCGAACUGUGGCGCUGCAAUAAAUCCUGCUCGUGACCUUGGGCCACGCCUCUUCACUUUGACUGCCGGCUGGGGGACUGAAGUCUUUACGUGUUACAAUUACUGGUUCUGGGUUCCAUUGGUGGCUCCACUUAUUGGAGGCCCUCUAGCGUCUCUGCUUUAUUUGAUCUUCAUUGAAUGGCAGCUGCCUGACCCAGAACCCUCUCCAAGCCUCUCAACAGAUUCCAGCAUUAAAAACAGCAUCAAACCACCUGCAAGACUGGCAAUAGGAGGCGACCUAAAGUCGACAUAUUUUUAGAUUGGUAACAUAAUAAUAGUGUUCUAAAGUUUUACAACCAAAUAGAUGGCAUAAGCAGAUUGAGUUAAAAUGUAGUAUAUAUUUAGGUAUUUCUUUAAAGUGCAUACAUCUCAGGUGUUCCUUUUAAAGGAGUUAAAAAUAUUUAAUAUGAAACACUAAUAAUGUAAAGAAAAAUUUAAAAAGUAAUAAUUCGGUUUGUUUGUGUGCACAGUCGGUCCCUGAUUUAAUGAGUUUAAUGAGUUUCUAGAGUGGGUCACCCUUGGUUAAAGGAUCAACUGUUCAAUAUGUAUCCUGUCUCUCUACAAAAGGUUUUGUUGGGAUAAUUAUCAUUGAAAAUGUGUGAGUUUAUCACACCCUGGUAUGGGCUGCCUGUUGUGCGUCAGAACUGAUGUUUUAAUCUAAUUAGGACAGUUCCUCUGUGUGGAUAUACAGUUAUAAUCUUCAUUUUGUACGUGACAAAGAUUUGGAAAUGGAAUGAGUCCUUCAGCUGAGAACGAAGUGUAAUAGGCAGGCCAGUACAAGAAGAAACAUGACAGCUAUCACAUUUAGAGUCAGUUUGAAAAUAGAUUAAAUAGAUUCUAUAAAUAAUUUAAUUUAUCUUUAACAGGAGAGAAACAAGGUAUUUUAGCUCUUGGUUUUAAUAUAAGCUGAAUGUGGCCAAAAUAACUUUUACAUCAUACAAUCAAAUUACAGAUUAGUGAUGACAUCAAGCUAGUAAAAACAUUUAAUGGCAAACAUGAAAACGCUUUUUUUUUUUUUUUGCAUGACAACAAUUGAGGUCAUUUACUCCUUAUGGAGAACCAUUUGUGUGGAUUAUAUGUGAUAUAACAAUUUAUCACUUUGGAGACAUCUAUUACUGUUAACCCCCGCCCCUCUUUUCAGUGCAAUUUAUAUGCCACUUUUCAAAUGGAGAAUGUAAAAACACAAUUUUUUUUACCCUUGUUGUGGUGUGCAAUUAGACAGUGAGAAAUUCUACAGAAUAUCAGCCUGCCACUUGCUAGUUUAGAGGCUAAUACAGCCGCCAGCUGCUCUGUGUGAAAUAUAAUCCUGACAGAUUGAUAGGAAACACAGGUUUGAGCCUCAUAGGUCAACAAACAAUAAAAUCUGAGCAGCAGCAGGGAUCAAGCUCAACCUGACUAAGAGGUUACGUAAGGCUUGCCAUCCACAACGUCGGGAAGUUAACCCAUGGGGUUCCCCCCCUUUUCUUUUUCUUAUCAAUUACUGUAUUUUUUUUUUUAUUUUACAUGACCUGUUAUUAAAAAAAAGGAUUGAAAGUUUGCUGUUCUUCUUCUGAGAUAUGGUUUUUGCUUUGGUGUGAGUUCAACAGAGAGGAGAACCUUAUGCAAGCAAAUCUGGGCCUUCAAUAAAUCCAGAAAAGAGAGAAGAGGGUUUAAUAUUUAUUUAAAUUAAUAAUUUAUGUAUUGAAUUGUUUAAAUUACUUUUACAACAAAAACUUUUAAAUAAAAUGCAUAAGAUGCCCCCUCAAUACAUUUAUAAUGAUAAUAUGAAUGUUACAAAAAUCGAAUAUUUAAAAUUUCUUUCCAGGGUCCAAAAAUUUUGACUGUUAGUUUAAUUGGCUUCUCUAAAUUCUCAUUAGGUGUGAUUGUGUGUGUGAAUGGUUGAUUGUCC